GGCACGCGCGCCCUCCGCGAGAUCCGGACCUACCAGAAGUCCGCCCAGCUGCUGCUGCGCAAGCUGCCCUUCCAGCGCCUGGUGCGCGAGCUCGCCCGGGCCGUGGCGCCCGACCUGCGCUUCCAGGGCGCCGCCGUCGGGGCGCUGCAGGAGGCCAGCGAGGCCUACCUGGUGCGCCUCUUCGAGGACAGCAACCUGUGUGCCAUCCACGCCAGGCGCGUCACCGUCAUGCCCAAGGACGUGCAGCUGGCCCGCCGCCUGCGCGGAGAGCGUGCCUGA